GCUGGCUUACAUUUCCAGCUCAAAACGGAGCCCAUGCCAACACUCCCCAAAAACGCAACCCGGAAGGACCCGGAAAUUGGCUGUGUGCGUUGCUCUACACUUAAAAGUCUAUACGCCUGGGUCUAUCUGAGAAGCCCACAGGGACGGGAGUUCCGACCGGCACGUCCCGCAUCCCUUCAGAGCGGUCUCGCUUUUUCUCGGGCGUUGCCAGUUCUCGCGAGACACAAGCAAAUGAAUCGGCCAGCUGAGAUUGCAUAGCUGGCAGGGCGGACGCGGCUGUUUCCUCCACCUGCGAGACCCGCUGCGACUCCAGUGGGGCUGCUGCUGCUGCUGCUGCUAUGGGGCUGCAAGGGGUCAAGGCUGUUUUCUUUGACUUGGACAACACGCUGAUCGACACCGCCGCCGCAGGCAGGAGAGCCAUUGAGGAGGUGAUAAAUGUCUUGCAGUCUGAGCAUCAUUGUGACGAAAAAGAAGCUCACCUGAUUUGUGAUAAAGUCCAAGCCAAACUCCUCAAAGAGUGCCACGAUCCUUCUAAGAUGUGUAUUACUGACUUAAGGAUUCAGCACUGGGAAGAAGCUAUACAAGAAAUAAAGGGAGGAACAGCCAACCGCAAUCUAGCUACAGAAUGUUAUUUCCUUUGGAAAACUACCCGCCUGCAACAUCUGACCUUGGCAGAAGAGACACGGGGGAUGCUCAGCAACCUUAGAAAAUAUGUCCGUUUGCUUCUGCUGACAAAUGGAGACACUCAGACACAAAGAGAAAAGAUUGAAGCCUGUGCUUGCCAGCCAUACUUUGAUGCCAUUGUUGUGGGGGGAGAGCAAAAAGAAGAGAAACCGGCAUCAUCUAUAUUUCGUCACUGUUGUGAACUUCUAGGGGUUCAGCCUGAGGAUUGUGUGAUGGUUGGUGACUCUUUAGAUACAGACAUUCAAGGAGGCUUGAAUGCAGGUUUUAAAGCAACAGUUUGGAUAAAUAAAACUGUCACGCCCCCAAAAGACACUUCUCCAGUCCCUCACUAUAUUAUUUCUUCCGUUCUUGAUCUUCCAGGACUUCUACAAAACAAAGGAGAUACCAACUUAGAAAUUAACCAGUUGACUGGUAUUUGUAAUGUGUGCGAUAGUUCCGCUGAGGAACCUAGGACUUUAACCUGCUAGGGUUAAUUUUAAAGGGCAUUUUUACGCAUGAAGCUUGAAUCAGAUUGCUACUAAGUAAAAUACCUACAUUGGCUACAAUGUACAUUUGAUUUCUACAUUGUUACAGUAGGAGUAUUUGCAUGUAGCACAAACAGAAUGAAAAGCAUCUCUGUUACAUGCAGAAAUGUAGAAGGCAGUAUAAAGAUCUGUUUUAUGAUUGUGGAAUUAAAUCCUAAUUGUUCAAAACCCCAUUUGGACAAUCCAGCUUUGUCCUCUUACAUAUUCUUGUAAUUCUGGGUUCUCUCGUUCAUUUUUACUGUGUUUUGCAGUGAUUGUUCUCAAAUAAAAUGGUCUCAACAUCAUCA